CAAGGGUUCACUCCAUCACACAGGAGAGUGCUAUACAUACUGGGAGAGCAAUAGGCUGUGUUCUUUUUUACUUGGUAUUAUCCAGAGAUUUGCUUUCUGCUGCCCUGACUUAAAGCAGAGUACCUCUGUGACCUGUCUGUCUCCUCUGGCCCCAAAAUGACAGUAAUUGCUGCAAUCAGUUGUACUCUCUUAUUUUCCAUUCUCUGUGAAACAAGUGCAUUAGUGUUACCCAACUCCACUGACCUAUUCCUGUCAGACAAUAAUUUCACUGACAUCAAGACAGCUUUGGCAGCUCAUCUGGACUCUGCAAAAAUUCCCAAAGCCAGGCGGAAGCGCUACAUUUCACAGAAUGACAUGAUUGCCAUUCUUGAUUAUCAUAAUCAAGUCAGAGGCAAAGUCUUCCCACCUGCUUCCAACAUGGAAUAUAUGGUUUGGGAUGAAACUCUUGCCAAAUCUGCUGAGGCUUGGGCUGCUACAUGCAUUUGGGACCAUGGCCCUUCCUAUCUUCUGAGAUUUUUGGGACAGAACUUGUCUGUAAGAACUGGAAGGUAUCGAUCUAUUCUCCAGCUGGUAAAGCCAUGGUAUGAUGAGGUGAAGGAUUAUGCUUUCCCCUAUCCUCAGGACUGCAACCCUAGGUGCCCGAUGCGAUGCUAUGGACCCAUGUGCACCCAUUACACACAGAUGGUUUGGGCCACUUCCAAUCGGAUAGGCUGUGCAAUCCACACUUGCCACAACAUGAACGUCUGGGGAUCUGUUUGGCGGCGAGCUGUUUACUUGGUGUGCAACUAUGCCCCAAAGGGGAACUGGAUUGGAGAAGCACCAUAUAAAGUAGGAGUCCCAUGUUCAGCUUGUCCUCCAAGCUAUGGAGGUUCUUGUAUCGACAAUCUUUGUUUCCCAGGAGUGACAUCAAACUACUUAUACUGGUUUAAAUAAGUUAACAUUAUUUUAAAGAA